GAUGUUGACCAGUAUCGCCACAGUGGGCCGGAGGAUGAUUUGAGCCGUCAAGGGGUGUUCUGUGCUUGGAAUCGAUAACCGCAUUUGAGAUUGUGGGCUGCUUCUCCGGUGACACUGGGGGAUGUAAUGGUUUAAGACAUGUUGUCGAUGGGUGGAUGAGUGAGUAAGAAGCUUUCGGUAAAAUGUCGCGAUGUGUGUCGUCAUCGAGCCCCACCAGUGCUCUCGCUUUCCUAAUCUCGUGUAACAUCCGCAACGACAACAACUGCAACCUCAACAUCAGCCUCAAUCUCAACAACAGCCUCAACCGCAACAACAAAACCCGUUCAACCCCCACGCCCUGCUACAACUAGGCGUACCACCUCACUAUGGCCUCCAACAAAUCACAAAACAAGUCCAAAGUCCUCAAGACAGAGCCUCUGGACCAAAAAGACGCGAAAUGGGUAACACUGUCGAAAAUCACCUACUCCGACCCAGAAGGUGUUGAGCGCACAUGGGAGUCCGCCGAGCGCCUAACCCGGCCCAAGGGCUGUGAUAUCGACGCUGUAGGCAUCGCAGCUAUUCUGCAAGAUCCGUCGAAGCCGUAUGAUGAACCGCGAAUUGUCCUGCAGAAGCAGUGGCGAGCGCCUGUCAAUGCGGUUUGUAUUGAGGUUCCGGCUGGCUUGAUGGAUGCGGGGGAGUCCGCGGAGGAAUGUGCGCUGCGUGAGCUGAAAGAAGAAACUGGAUAUAUUGGGGAAGUGGUGAAGGAUCGUGAUUUUGCUGUUAGUCCUGUGAUGUUUAGUGACCCAGGUUUCUGCACAACCAACCUCCGCAUGAUCCACAUGACAAUCGACAUGUCGCUCCCCGCGAACAAAAAUCCCACCCCACACCUCGAGCCCAGCGAGUUCAUCGAGACAUUUUCCGUCCAGCUACGCCAUCUCUGGGACGCGUGUAGGAAGUUUGAAGAAACGGGGCAUGCGAUUGAUGCAAGGGUGGGCACGAUUGCAGAGGGGGUCGAGAUGGCGAAGCGGUGGGGAGUUGGGAGGGCGCCGCGGAAGGAGGACUAUGAGUGAGGGGGGGGAAGGAAGGGAAGGGAAGGGACGGAGAUGGAGUGGAUUUGAACUCGAACUCUUGUGAUACUAUCCACCACAGUACAGUACAGCAUGAGACAGUGAACGGAACAACCCCCGCAUCACAAGCCCCCAUAACGCGUCAGACACUACAACACGGCAAUUCUUACCCUUUUGUGCGAAUCAGUCAGUCGAUAGUGUCUACACGGGGAUACACCUUCUAUACUAGAAACACGACCCCUCACAAAACAGAACGCACGCCCCCUAUCACAAUCUUCAUUUCACUCCACUCCAGCCCAUCUACUUCCCCGCUCAUUUGUCUUUCC